AUGAAUUAUAUGAUCAUUAGUUACCCCUGAAACACCAUAGACUUGAAGUUCAAUUAUAUUGUCCUUAACUGAGCGAAAUUGUUGAAGGCCACUGAAGGGUCUUAUUAAAAAGGUACUAAUCAAAUCUUCAUAAGAACUUCCACCAGGCUCAUGGCGGGAUGCAUAUCAGACUAAAAAAAAAAGGAUGCAGCACGGUGAAAGGGAUACAUAAAGAAUUUCCCCAUUAAUCAAUCCAAAUUAUUCCCCCGUUUCCUCUGUAUGGCAUGACUGGGUAAAUUAAUGUAGAGCACAGGCAGGACAAAAAAAAAGCGAGAUGAAUACGUUUGGCAUAUGGACCUCUCUUGUGGAGGCCCUGAUAGCCUAUGUGUUGAUGAAGCGGCUGGGUGCGGACAAAGAAGGCAAGUUCCAAUGGCGAAUGCGCCCAUUCGCCAUCUUUUGGUAUGCUGGAGUCGUUUUCUGCGCCUUUUGCAACUUUUUCACUGCCAUCUACUGGGGAGAGCGGACUGCCGAGAAAACUCGUGGAUUUUUCAGGAGUCUGUGCUUCCUGGUGAGCGAGGUGGCCUUUGCAUUUCUCGUGGCCCAGUUCCUCAUGGACUACGGCUAUUACUCGCUCUUCCGAGUGGCCCUCCUGUCCAUGAAAAUGAAAGCCAACAGGCCACAGAAAAUUUGA